AUGACUGGAUCCAACGAGUGGAUAGCACAGAUGGAGCCAGGUGUUCACAUCACCGUUGUGUCUCUUCCUACUAGGGGCAAUGAUCUCAAAAGGAUUCGCUUCUGCCGAGACAUGUUUGAUAAGUCGCGAGCCCAAAGGUGGUGGGCUGAGAAUUGCGACAUGAUCAGGGAGCUUCUUAAUAUACAGACUUUAAAUCAACGUGUUUUCAUCACUCCUGCAAGGUCUGAUGAUAAUGAGAACUCGGGGGAAUCUGAACAAGAUAUCCCAAUGGCUUCAAUGCUGAACACGGAUUCGACUCCGGGGAAUUUCCAUGCACCCGCUGGGAAUAUGGAGUAUUUCCAUCGUGGGAUAUCAAGGGCUAACAACCCUACUGACAAUGACAUGGAUGCUGAAUGGGUUGAGCAGGAUGAUCCUGGAGUGUCAAUCACUGUGAAGAGGUCAGCUAAUGGGACCAGGGAAAUUCGCCGUAUCAAAUUCAGCCGGGAAAUUUUUGAUGCAGAUGCAGCCAAGGAUUGGUGGCUGCGCAACAGGGUUCGAGUUCAUGUUUGUGGUUCUCUAUUUACUCCAAUGACUGUGGGGUAUAUUGCUGUUGAUUUAUCUUUGGUUGAACAUUUG